AUGAAUAGUGUAGACUUACUGAAACCAUUUAAAUUGCCUUACAAAAAUCAAAUUUUGUUCUUGAAAGAAAGAGAAAAUCUAUUUUCUUCAAAACCAGCUUCCGAACAAACAAACUUACCAUCAUCACCAACUGAGACAUCUCGAUUAGUUAUUGGUGAAGCUCCUGAAGAUGUUACUGAUGAAAAUGAAUCUCUUGAUAUAGUAUUAGAAUCAUCAAGGAUCACAACAACACUUUCGAAUGAGUCUAUAAAAGAAAAAUCACUACCAAAUCCUUACAUAUUACCUAGUUUGCCGGCUCCAAUAUCCGUCAAGAAUGCAGUAUACAAUAAUGUCAAUGGAAUGUUGAAUUAUUUAUGGAUUGAUAAUGAUGAAAAAACAGCAAGUUCUUGGCGUGAAUCAUCAAUUUCGAAAUCUAAACGGGAAAGACAAAAUUACAAUCAUGAAAAAGUCGCCGAAAUGAAAUUACGAUAUUCAAGAGAAAAAUCCGGAAUAAAAAUCAAACAACAUCCAUCUACACAAAUAUCAGAAAGAAAUCACUCUCAGAAAAUUUUGAUGGAUGUUAACGUAUUACGUGGUAUUGAUUUGGAUCAUAUUGCUAAAGAUAACAUAGACUCGUUUGUCAAUAAAAUUUGCACUGAAAAUAAAUUUUUAGCAGAUACCUCAAGCACCCGUUGUAUUAAAACUUUAUGUGGCUUGCUAAAUGAUUCAUGGAAGCAUUAUAUUUAUUUCCAUCCAGAAAAACUUGCUUCACCUCAACCAUCAAUAUUAAUCGAUGAUGAAAAUAUAAAAGUCUACGUUGAUUGGUCGUAUGUAUGCUCAUGUACUUCCAUUGAUCAAAAUAUUGCUGUACUUGUUGGAUUAUAUUUUUUAUUGGGUCUUAAACUCCAUCCGCAUCGUACCACUAUAAGAUUUUUAUACGUGUAUUUAAUGGCUGAUAAAAAUCAACAGUCACAUGUCAUUCGCCGAUUCUGUAAAGAAUACAAUCAAACAAUCCAGUGGUGGACAAUGGCACGAUAA